CCAUGUUAUCUAUGUACUUUAAUGUUUCUAUAAUGGUUUUAAGCAAUACAUAUUAAUAGCAACAUCUCAUUACCAUUAAUGUAGUGCUUAAAUUAUUGUAAUAGUUAGUAGACAAAUACAGUUAACGAGAAAACGAUGAUCACUAAAGUGAAUCCUAAAGAUGAAAAAAUUGACGAAAAAAGCUGGCCACAAAUCCUAGCCUUGUUAAACGCUGCAUUGAUUGGAAUGGUAAGUGGCAUCGUUUUUGCAUGGCCAUCUCCGUAUAUUGUCAGAAUAGUUGCGGAUAAAGUCAACUAUGAUAUUACCGAAGAACAAGCUUCCUAUUUCCCGACCGUCCACGUGAUUGGUUUAUUUAUUUUUCCAGUAUUUUUGGUACCUGUAGUCAACAUUAUUGGAAGGAAAAACUCACUGCUUUUGGUAGCUUUACCUUACUCCAUUUGUUUUGCAAUCAAGGCGUUUGCAAAUAAUUUAUGGUUGCUGUAUGUUGCAAGGUUAUGUGGUGGAUUUGGGGACGCAAUUCUCUUCGCUGCAAUGCCUGCAUACAUUGGAGAAGUUUCCACCCCAAGUGUUAGGGGUGUUUGGGGUAACGCCUUUCUAUGCGUGGCCUACAUUGGUCAACUACUCAUAAACAUACUGGGCAGCCUUUACACCGUCCAACAAACCUCAUUAAUGGUAUUAGUUCUGAUAGCUUUCUUCUUGUUGACAUUCAUUUUUAGAGUGGAAAGUCCCUACUUUCUAAUAAUGAAGGACAGACAUGAAGAGGCUAAGAAGAGUUUAAAAAUUCUUAGAGGAAAAGAAAAUGUAGAAGUAGAGUUUAAUCAAAUUACACAAGACGUUAAGAGACAGAUGGCUGAAGAUGGUUCUUACCUUCAGCUUUUUAACAUAAAAGCUAAUAGAAGAGCUUUGACAGCUGCUUCUUUUCUGAGGAUAUCGCAGCUUUUGUCAGGAAUUUACGUUUUUACGUCAUACACUCAGUUUAUUUUUCAAAAAGCUGGUGGUAACAUCAGCGCACAAGAUUCGUCUGUUAUUUACAUAGGCGCAAUUUUGAUUUGUUAUGUAAGUGCCUCGUAUUUUUCCGACAAGCUCGGAAGAAGAAAAUCUUACAUAAUUUCUAUAUUCUUGUCGGCUUUGAUUAUGGUCUCGGAAGGUAUAUACUUUUAUAUUGACAUAAAUGUGCCGAGUAUAAGCAUGAAAUCUGUACAAUGGUUACCCCUUGCUGGUAUGUUGCUCUUUGUAUUGAUCUCAGCAUUUGGCAUUGGACUCAUACCAACUCUGAUGUUAGGUGAAUUAUUUUCGGCUAGUGUAAAAGUCAAAGGGGUUUGUAUUAGUACUAUGGUAUUUGCAGGCAGUUCAAUUGUUGUUAACAAUAUUUUCUAUUACCUAAAUAGGUCUACUGGGUUAUAUGGUCCGUUUUUCUUCUUUGCUUCUUGUAAUCUUAUUUCGACUGUUUUGGCAUACUUUGUGGUACCUGAAACCAAAGGAAAAACUUUAGAGGAAAUACAAGAGUAUCUUAGAGAUAAGUAAAAAUUAUUUUUUUAA